UAGCGACAUUUCCGACAGCCCUUGAACGCCUCUGGGAAGGCGCGCUCCCCUGAGUGCUGUGGAUCUGUCAGUUGCAGGAUAAUACUUGGAUAGCGGGUCACUGAACGCAUCCUGUCCAACAAGAACCGGCCCGUUCCGUUCCGUCACCGUCAAACUUUUCCUUGCUUUUGGUCUGAACAACACCACUGGUCGUUAUUAUUACAACUUGUUAUAGUUUAAAAAAUCGGUUCGGGGUUCACUCUGCCAGGAUGCACGGGUGAGCUAGCUGCGUUAGCCGGGGAGCUAGCGUCCAUCGUCCGGUGUUCAGAGUCCGUGUUCAGCCGCGUGGGGGGUGAGGGACCCGGGGUGCAACAUGGAGAAAAGUAGCCGUGUGGUGGAGCUGUACCACUACCUCCAAGACCCCCACCUUGUCGCUCGAUUUCAGCGCUUUUGUGGGGUACACGGGACGUUUUCGAGACCCGUCAGCAGCAAGGAGACUGACGGGACCCACUCACACAACAACGGGGCUUGCCACCAUCACGUCCCCGCGGAGAAUGAGAGCGGAAACUCGGCCGUUAUCGGAGCGGGGGAAGGGGAGAUGGUUCAGACAGCGGGGGUACGGAAGAGGGGGGCGAGAAGCACAGCGGAGGAAAGAGAAAACCCUCCCCAGAACGGGGCACUUGUUUCUGCAGCGACCGCCGGGGGAGAAAGGGUUGGUGCCGGGGCCACCGGGGGUCACAGCCUGGCCGGGGCCCACAGCCUGGCCGGGGCCACGGCCGGGGCCACCGGGGGUCACAGCGGGGCCCGGCCGGACUCUCUGGAGGACAGGGAGAGGGAUCUAAGCAGCGAGGACCAGGGUCCCCUGGUGAGCAGCACGCUGAAACCCCUCCGCAAAAACUCUCUAACGGGGGACGCCGGGCAGGAGUUCCUCAUCCAGAACCGGUUCUUGUUCUACAUGUUCACUCUGGGGACCGAGCUGGGCAACGAGCUGUUCUACAUCACCUUCUUCCCCUUCGUCAUGUGGAACAUGGACGCCUUCGUGAGCAGGAGGCUGAUCAUAGUCUGGGUCUGGGUCAUGUACCUGGGCCAGUGCACCAAGGAUGUGAUCCGGUGGGCCCGGCCCGCCUCCCCCCCGGUGGUCAAAGUGGAGAUGUUCUACAACUCUGAGUACAGCAUGCCGUCCACACACGCCAUGUCCGGCACCGCCAUCCCCUUCUCCCUGUUCUUCAUGACCUACGGCCGCUGGGAGUACCCGUUCACACUGGGCUUCAGCUUGGCUCUCUGCUGGUGUCUGCUGGUCUGUGUCAGCCGAAUCUACAUGGGAAUGCACUCAGUCCUGGACGUGAUCGUGGGGGUCCUGUACAGCUCUCUGAUCCUUCUCGUAUUCUUGCCGGCGUUGGACCUGAUCGACGACUUCAACCUGACGUGCCGCUACGCUCCGCUGCUCAUCAUCUCGCUCCACCUGGGCCUGGGCCUCUUCUCCUUCAACCUGGACACCUGGAGCACCUCGCGGGGCGACACCGCUCAGAUCCUGGGCACGGGCGCCGGCGUGGCCCUGGCCUCCCACGUCAACCAGCUGCUGGGUCUGCUGCCGGACCCCGGCCCGGAGCAGCUGCCCUUCACCAUGCCGGCCCUCAGCCCCGGCCUGGUGGGCCUGGCCCUGCUGCGGCUGGUCCUGGGCGUGCUGGUGCUGAUGGCCACGCGGGCCCUCAUGAAGGCCGUCACCAUCCCGCUGGUGUGCCGGGUGUUCGGCGUGCCCAGCGGGGACGUGAGGAAGGCCCGGCAGCACAUGGAGGUGGAGCUGCCCUACCGCUACAUCGUCUACGGGACGGUGGGCUUCAACGUGCUCUUCCUCGUCCCGUUCCUCUUCAGCUACAUCCAGCUCUCCUGAUUCCACUCAGCUGACCCGUUCAUACCGGUCAGAUCAGGUUUCCCAUCCAGAACCGCUUUCUUUAGUCCUCCGGGUCUGAACCAAGGUGAAUAAAAGUCUCAAAGCUGAUCUGGAUUAUCAGUUCUUCACACCGUUGGCUCUGUUUUGGUUCAGGACGGAUGAACCAGCACCGGCAGGGAAGUCUGGCCUCGACUGUUCUCAGUUCUACCUGUGGCCAGUCAUAUCUCUGUUCUGUUCUUUCACAUUGAUUUAAAAUCAAAUCAGACGACUCGUCCUGGUCCCAGGACUCCCCGGGUCAGAUCCUCCACUCCUCCUCCACCAGCUUAAUUCACAUGAAACCGUGGCCUCUGAAAGACUGAAACGCCACUGAUAGCUACUGAUAUAAACGACCUGUGUCUUAGUAUUUUACACUUUAUUAAAGCUUUUAUUAUUAUUAUUAUUAUUCAGAGAUCAGAUACGGAACCACUAAAUACUGAAAUUCUUCCAGCAUUUAAAGCAACAUUUCAAUGUGUUGGGGCAGAUUUUUUCCCCCCACUGACCAAUUGAUUCCUUAAAGAGAUUUUUACUUUAAAUGAAACAAAAAUGGAGAAAAAGCAGCAAAUCGGCACAUUUUUCAAAUCUGUAAAGCGCCACCUGUGGAGUGGACACACCUGUGGUUAUAAAUGUUGAACUUUGUGGGACUGACAGAGACAGAUGUUUGUCAGAAAUCACAAUCUGACUGAUCUAUCUUCCUUAAGGGCUCUCGUCACUCUGUCUGCUCUGUUUACUGUUUCUGUCUUUAUUCAGACAAAUGAUCUGAUUUUCCUGCAGAGAAGAAGAAGAAGAAGAAGAAGCAAUGACCGGCACAUACUGUAUGAUCCAGAAGGGAAGGGAGGGCUUUGUUUGGGAAAUGUACAGAGAAGUUUUUUUUACUUCAUGAUGACAGGAAUCUGGCUCAGCUUUUUCUUUUUUUAUAACACUGUAAACUGAUUUCCUGGUGGUGAUGCUCUUGAUGGCUUCCACUUCCUGUGCAGAGGAGAGUUUGACGUGUUGACUGGAGAUAACGGCGCUCUCAGGAGGGAAGACGCGUGGAGACACGGAGGGAGGUCAGAGGUCAGAGAUAACAGCUCAGGCAGAAACAAAUUUUUUUUUACACAAUGUAGUUUUGUAGCUUUUCUCCCAAAACAAGACGGAGCAGCAGCGCCUUAAUGAGGCGGAAAUAUUCAGAGAAAAAAGUUGUAAUGUUUGGAGAAAAAUGUCAUCUUGCGAUUUGGAAAAUAAAAUUACAAUAAUUAAGUUGAAAACGUACGUAAAAAAUGUAAUAUCUCAACAAAAACAUGACAUGACAGAGUAGAAAAUAAAAUAUUUUUUCACAGGGCAAUUUUUGUCCCAGAUGUUUGAAAUUUGGAGGCUUUUACCAACAUUUUAAUUUUAAUGAACAAAUUACUUUUCUGCCCCGUUGAUUGUGUUUUACGGGGCAAAUAUCUGUAAUUUCAAAGCAUUUUUGCUCUUUUCAACCACUGUUGUGAUUUUAUAUGCUGAAGAAAACAUAAGCAGUCUUUUAUGUGUCAGAAAUGAUAUUCUAUUUUAUUAAAUAUUCAAUUUUAUAUUCUAAAAUUUUUAUAAUAUUAAAUAUUAUAUACAAUAUUCACACUUUUUCUCACAGUAUGACAUUAUUCUGGAAAUAUUUCAUAUGAAGUAUUCCAUUUUAUAUUCUCUAUAAUAUUUUUUAGUAAAUAUUUAAAUUUUAAUAUUAAUGAUUCAUAUUUUUUUCUCAUCUGUUUAUGACGAAAUAUUACAACUUUUUUCUCAGAAUAUUUCAGUUUUAUUUUAGAAUUCUUUUGCACCGAAUAACAGCGCUGGAAAGUUCUUUUUCUUUUAACUUUUGUUAAGAAACAAGUAAAAACGGGACCGUUCUUCCAGUCCAGCUUUUCAAAUCUAAAAAAAGAUUUUCUUUUUUUCAAAUAUAUAACGGUUUGUGUCCCUUAUCUCAGCAGUGAGAAAGAAAGGGAAGUUAUUUUCCUGAGAGUUUAAGUUUUUCUGUUUAGCCGUUGUAUUGCAGCAAUAUUGAAUUUUAUAGAUUUUAUAAGGCAAAGUUCAGUUUUUUUCUUUUUAAACAACACCAGCUCAGUUUGUGUUUUUUCUGGACAAAUAAGGUCGAGAAGCCAGUUGUAUAAAGGAUGCACAUGGACACAGAAACAGUUUUUUAUACAUAAAAAAUGUGCAGAGAGAGUUUCCAGGUCCUGCUGAGGCCGAUCUGAUGAAGCAGAAAGAAAAACACACACGUGGACUUUGACUCCAUCUUUGUCUCCUGCUGUCCAAACCUUUGAACCUUCAGACCGACCUGAACUCUCCCCUCGUGCCUGCCUUUAAAUCAUUUAAAUCACAAGAUUAUAUCAACAACACAAACUGCUGCUGUUAGAUGAAAUAAACACUUCUGGUAAUUGUAGGUUUUUGUAGAAUGAAGACAUGUGGAAACUCUCAAAACCUAAACAAACAAUUCAGUCAGGUAAAAACACAGAAAACAGCAGCAGCACAGGGUUUUAUGUCUUUUUGUUAGUUUUCUAGUGAGUUCCUGUGAGAAAUAUCAGAAAUAGAGCUUUCAUUUGACUACAUUCACACAUUCCUCCUCGUGUUCCUCGCGGUGCCUUGCUCGACGGCGCUGUUAUAGGACAGGCUUCUGCCCUCUGAACUGAAGACCAACAGAGAAAACUUUCACAAGUCUUACUUUUGUUGUAAUGUUGUUGCUGUUGUGUACGGUACUGUCCUAAUAUGAAUGCACUGUUCCCAGAAUGCACUGUGUUCCCCUCUGAGCCGGGCAGAAAAAGGUGAAGCUGGUCCAAAAUCUGACUUCAGAGUUUGUUAAAGGUGUGAAACUGAUGAGAAAUCACAGCAGGAUUUUACCUGCAGACAAAUAAAAGUUCAUGUUUUAUUUGUUUCAUGCUGUUUAAUUUGUCAAAUACACUAUUUUUAGCAGGUAAAGUCCCAUUUGGAAAAGUUGACAUUUUCUCGAUUCAUCAGUUUUCAAGUUUUUCUAUAAAAUGUCAAAAAAUAAAAAAUGUAAACUGUACAUCCCAGUUUCUCAAAGUCUAAAGUGAUGUCCCUAAAUGUCCCAAAAUAUUCAGUUUAAAAUGAUAUAAAAGACAAGUAAUAACAAAGACGAGAAAUAUAAAGUGUUCCAGUCAUUAUAAUAAGUAGAUGCACAUUUUUGCCCAUAUUUAUUAUGGCUCCACAUAAUGAUUAUUUUCAUUUAUUUUUUAUUAAAAAUAAAAAAAAAGUGUAAAUAAUUGUAGCAGCUGGAGCUAACAAUGAUAAUUUUAUAUAUUAAUUUGAAAAAAAUUGUUGGUUGCAGCGUAAAAAUUCUCAUUUAUUAUUAUUUUCUUGCACAUAAAUGAAUAAAUAAAUAGAAAUGAAUUAAUUAAAGUAGUGACCCUUAACCUGCUCACGUUUGGUCAGACUUGUGGACCGCUCCAGCCGAGAGUUUGCCGCGCUGUGAUUGGUCGGUUUGAAGCAGCACAGUGGCGUCUCGCUGCCCGGCUCCUUUCACUUCCUGUGGCCUUGCCUCGUGCACAAACAUAUUUCUGUUUGUUGUAGCAUUUUGUUUUGUUUUGUUUUUGUCUGAAUGUGGUUUCCUCUCUGAACCAGUGAAACAGGAAGUUUGUCACCAGUCGCUUUUUGCUUCAACAAAAGACAAAGUAAAAAGAAAUCACAAGUUCCAGGUUUAAGAAAUCUGUAGUUUCAGUGUUGAAUCUUCAUAUUUUAAUUAUUUAAUUAUUACUGUUUAUAAUUUAUGGCCCGGUUUUGCUAUAAACAACAUAAACGUGUAUGUUUCUUUUCAUUUUCAUUUUCUUGUUGAAAAACUGGAUCUCAGAGAUGAUUUAUAUUCAGAAUUUUGUUCUAAUUUUGACCAAAUAUAUAAACUGUGGUUGUUCUGUGUAGCUGUCGCCGCUCCUCGCUCCCUUUAGUGCCUUUAUUGUUGUUCAGGAACAUUUUAUGUUUCGUGUGAAAAACUCUUUUGUUUUUAAUUCUUUUCUUUCUGUCACGUUGCCUUUUGCACUUUGUAGCUGCGUUCAUGUGGAAGAAGCGUUUAAAUCUUCUUCACUGUUGCUCAUUAAUCAACUGCCUUCAUUUAAAUUAGCAACACGUCACUGUAGUUAAAACUUUACUGUCAAUGUUGAAUAAAUUCAAAAGGCA